CGCCGAAGAUAACGAAUACUCAAAUGAUAGCAUGCAUGUGACAGAAAUCACGAAAAUGUUACAUCUUCUUCUGCUAGAUCACCUCUGUUGAAAGAGAAAGUACUCUUUAAGUAGUAGAAUGACACUUCAAUUGGUCAUAUAAUGUGAAUGAUCCAUGUCAUGACAUGCAUUUUUUUUUUUUUUUUAGUAAAAGUAUAUAGUGAUACUAGAUUUUCACAUUCCAUGACUUUUAUAUAAUGUAUAGCUUUCAAGUGUAUAAAUACUAAAUUUUUUCAAUGGGUUGUUUUCACACAUUGUAUAGCUUUCAAAUCUUAUAUAUAGAAUGUUCUACUUUUUGAAAAAAGCACAUUUAAGCCAAAUGUAUUUCUCACCAAUUUCGCAUGCUGUUUAGCUUUCUUAUUUCUUAUUGUCAAUUGUCGAUAAAAAUUUCUCGUAGUUUUCAAACUAUGUUGCUAGAACUUCUAUGUUGUCAAUUUUUGUAUCUUAUUAAUUUUCAAACUAUGUUGCUAGUUCUCUAUGAAAAGUUCAACUGUGAUGUGUCAAUUUAGAGACUCUGACAAUCAAGACAACUGUAACUUCCUAUGUUUAGCUAACUACCAACUUAACCAUUAUGAAAGCUAUAACUAAUAGCAAUAUGACAUAAUGUAACCUUCCACUUGUAAUCAAGGAUGGCCAAGUCAGCCAUAAUAGUGUAUAAGUAUGUUACAUUUAUAACUAAUGACGUCUUGCUAGACAAGAAGUAAUGAAAUGAGACAUUAACUUAAGUGUUGUUUAUUCACAGUAGUAUAUUUUUGUACUAUAGUUGCAUAACAUUUUAUUUCAAGACUUAAGUGGUUUGACAAGAUUUACUUCUAAUAUUCACACCAUAUAUGAUCUCAUUAGGUAUUCUGAUCAAGACAUAAUGAUGAUAGCUAUUUCUUAUCUUGACCGAAUUCCUUAGUACCUGAUAUAGAAACCAAGAAGCAAAAGCAUUUGUGGCAGUAUACUCUUGGUUGUACCUUUGACAAACAAGUUUUGUUCGAACAAACAUGUUUUCCCGAACUCGUUCCCUUCUUCCUUCUCUAACUUCCAACAAAACCCCAAACUCAUCAUCAUCACUUUUUUCUUCAUCUUCUUCACAACCCCCAAACACAAACACAAGCAACAAAGACAACAUCAUUGUAUCCAGAUUCCACCAUAAAGACUGGCUAACCUCAAAACAAGCAACAACCUUAAUAAACUCCUUAACAAACCCUUCCACUUCCCUCACUCUCUUCAACCUCUACUCCUCUCGCAAAGACUACAACCCAACCCAACCCUUCUGCAUUUCCCUCAUCACCAAACUAGCACAAUCCCACCAAUUCUCCAUCAUCGACUCCCUCCUCAAAUCCCUCCAACCUCAUCAAAAACACCGCUUCACCCAAGAUUUCUUCUUCCAUCUCAUCAAACUCUACGCCCAUAAAGCCAACAGAAUUGAUAAAGUCCUUGAAACCCUCUUCAUGAUGCCGAGUUUCAGUUCUUACCCAACCUCAAAAACAUUCAACUUUGUUCUUAAUCUAUUGGUUAACAACAAACUACAUGAUGUUGUUUUUAAUCUUUAUUCCUCGGCUUCGAAGUUGGGAUUCGAGAUCGAUGCUUGUUGUCUUAAUAUUAUCAUUAAAGGGUUGUGUAAACAAGGGGAGAUGAAAGCCGCGUUUAAGGUGUUUGAUGAAUUUCCUAAGCUGGGGAUUCAACGAAAUGAGAGAACUUUUUGUACUUUAAUUCAUGGGUUAUGUGAGAAGGGGGAUGUGGAUGAGGCUUUUGAGUUGUUGGAGGUGAUGAAGAGGGAGAAAGUUUGUGUUGAUGUUAUGGUUUACAAUGUUUUGAUAUGUGGGUUGAGGAGGAAAGGGAGAGUGGAUGAAGCUAAAGAGGUUUUGGAAGAUGGGAUGAUGAGGAAUGGGUGUUACCCUAAUGAAAGUUCUUAUCAACAUGUUUUGUAUGGGUUGAUUGAUAUGAAGAGAUUUGGGGAGGCUAAAGAGGUUGUUAAGAAGAUGGUUUUGAAAGGUUUUGUUCCUAGUUUUGAUUCGUUUAAAGGUUUGGUUUUUGAGUUUUGUAAAGAGGGGUUGGUUGGGGAAGUUGAGUGGGGUGUUAGGGGUAUGGUUAGGAUGGGUUUUAUUCCUAGGAUGGGGAUGUGGAGACAGAUUGUUAAGUGUGUUGUUGUUUGUAGAGAUGUUGGUGGUUCUUUUGAUAAGAUUUUGGAUGUUGAUUGUAAUUGAAAAAUACCAUGUUGGUAGUGUUUUUUUAAGUUAUUGUUACUUAAAAUUUAAAAAUUGUUUUUAACUUAAAAUUUAACAUUUAAAUUGUUUUUAAGUUAUUGUUACCUACUAGUCAUGACCAACCUAAUUCAUCACCUCUCCCAGUCCACCUUGACAUUCCUACACCUGCAACCACCCCCUUACAACCACGUGCUAGCACCUCACCAAUUCCCAAUCGUGCAUCAUCAAGAGCCUCUCACAAGCCAUCAUACCUGCAGCACUAUGUGUGCUCCAUCUCUAGAAACUCCAACUCAUCAUCUAAAGGUAUGUUAUAUCCUAUCUCGGACUUCAUUUCAUAUUCUAAUCCUUCCACACCUCAUUGUCACUACUCUUUGUCUAUUUCCUCUCAUACUGAGCCUAAGUCCUAUGUUGAGGCUUGCAAAUAUGAUUGUUUGAACAAAGC